AUGGCCAACACGGAUUUCGAGAAGAUCUACCUUAAUCAGUCGAGGUUGACGGGCCGCAUGCGUAUUGCUGACUCCGGUUUGGGAUGGAAAGCGGCGCAGAGCUCGACAGAUGCAAGCAACAAUAAACCGUUUCUUUUACCUUCUGAAGAGAUCCUCGCUGCCCACUGGUCUCGUGGCUCUCGUGGCUACGAGUUGAGAGUGCAGACGAGGAAUCAAGGAGUGGUGCUGCUUGAUGGGUUUGACCAGGAAGAUUUUACGAAGAUGAAGCAGGAACUACAGAGAAAUUUUCACGUUGCCUUGGAGCACAAGGAGCAUUCGUUGAGAGGAUGGAACUGGGGCCAGACGGAUUUGGCAAGAAAUGAGUUGGUUUUCCAAGUGAACAACAAGCCCAGCUUUGAACUUCCCUACUCAGACAUCUCCAAUUCAAACUUGACGGGUAAGAACGAAGUGGCUGUAGAAUUCAAUUUGGGCAACGACAAUAAGGCUGGUGACGAGUUGGUGGAGAUGAGAUUCUACAUUCCUGGCGUGGUUGAGAACGAAACAACAAAAACGGUGGAAGACGAGAAUGGUGAGAAGAAACAAGAAGAGGAGACCGAAGAAGUCAGUGCAGCCUCUGUCUUCUACGACCAGCUCAAGGACAAGGCAGACAUUGGCCAGGUUGCCGGUGAAGCUAUUGUAUCUUUCAGCGACGUGUUGUUCUUGACACCAAGAGGCCGUUACGAUAUUGACAUGUACGCGACUUCCUUGAGAUUGCGUGGUAAGACCUACGACUACAAAAUUCAGUACAAGCAGAUUGAAAGAAUCUUUUCAUUGCCAAAGCCAGAUGACGUGCACCACUUAAUCGUGUUGCAGAUUGAUCCUCCUUUGAGGCAAGGUCAAACUAAGUAUCCCUUCUUGGUGUUGCAAUUCUCUAGAGAAGAAGAGACUGAGCUCGAGUUAAACUUGGCUGACGACGAAUACGAAGCCAAGUACAAGGAAAGAUUGAAGAAGAAAUACGACACGCAAACAUACUUGGUGAUGGCCCACUGUUUGAAAGGGUUGAUGGAGCGUCGCUUGAUCGUGCCAGGUUCGUUCCGGUCUCGUUUCAUGCAAGCAGGUGUGGCGUGUUCGUUGAAGGCGUCCGAAGGAUACUUAUACCCGUUGGACAGAUGUUUCUUGUUUGUCACCAAGCCCACAGUGUACAUACCUUACUCUGAGGUGAGCAAUGUGACCAUGUCCAGAACCGGAGGCGGUGUUUCAGCGUCACGUACGUUUGACCUUGAAGUGAACUUGCGUGGAUCGAACCAGUCUCAUGUAUUUGCCAACAUCGACAAGGAAGAACAAGAAGCAGUUGAGAGAUUCUGUCUGGAGAAAGGGUUGAGAGUGAAGAACGAGGAGAAGAUGGCCAAGGCCAUGAACGAGGAGGAUGACGACGAUGACGAUGCCGAUGUGGACAUGGGCAGCGCCGGAGACGACGAGAGCGACGAAGAUGGUGAUUUUGGGUCCGGCUCCGAAUCCGACGUUGCGGAGGAGUUUGACCUGAAUGCGUCCGCGUCCGAUUCAGACCAACUGAUGGACGAGGCCGAGGACGACGACAGGCCACCUAAGAAGAAGACGAAAAACUAA